UUGAGGUCCUGAGCGAGAGCAUAUAUGACGGAUUUCACGGAAUGAUCGCACGUAUCGAUGUUAUUAAUGGUGUUAUCGAGUCAUCACCUCAGUUUUGCUGUUUUUUUUUUUUUCAUUUUUUUAUGAGGGGCUGCCUGCAGGUGUGCACGCUUCGGCAAUAUGUGAUUUUUGAAACAACGCUACGAUUUUUUUGGAGCCGUGCGCUACUUUUGGGACGUCGUAUUUCUUGUCACUCUCGCUAUUUGCAAUUUUUGAGACCCCGUACUCUAUUCUGUAGCGCAGAGAAUUGAUUUCCCGCAAUGGCUCUGUGACUUGACUGUGCAGAGAUCAUUCAUCAAAAAGAAAAAAACGCGGAAACUGCGAAGGAUCGGGAAAAAAAUGAAAGCAUCCAUAUCAUUUCUGGUCCUACUUCACACAAUUGUGGUCCAAUGCCUGAGAGUGGUGUCAAAGAGAGGCUCAGUGGAAGGAUGUACGGAUUGGUCCGUGGACUAUCUGAAAUACAAGGUGCUACUGGGAGAACCUGUUCGAAUAAAGUGUGCUUUAUUCUAUGGAUAUAUCCGUGCCAACUACACACAUGCUCAGAGCUCAGGACUAAGCCUCAUGUGGUACAAAAGUGCUGGACAUGGUGAUUUCGAGGAGCCCAUCAGUUUUGAUGGCACACGGAUGAGCAAGGAGGAGGAUGCAAUAUGGUUUCGACCAGCGGAACUAGACGACGUGGGGUACUAUUCCUGUGUAUUAAGAAACUCUACCUACUGCAUGAAGGUGUCCAUGUCUCUCACAGUAGCAGAAAAUAAUACAGGCCUCUGUUACAACUCCAAGAUGAGGUUCUUUGAGAAAGCAGAACUGAGCAAAAGCAAGGAUAUUACCUGCACAGGCAUCGAAGAUUACAUCCAGCCAGGAGUGGAGCCCCAGAUUGUCUGGUACAAGGAGUGCAUGCCAAGGGAAUGGAGGCAGACAAUCGAGAGGGGAAGGGACACCCUUUCCAUCAAGGAAGUUCGGGAAGACGACAUUGGGAAUUACACCUGUGAAUUACAAUUUGGAAACUUUUUGGUGCGAAGAACAACAGAACUAUCUGUCACAGCUCCUUUGACAGACAAGCCGCCCAAAAUCCUCUCCCCAUCCGAGAGCCAGACCAGCGUCGUUGAGAUGGUACUAGGAAGGCCACUCAACUUGACGUGCAGAGCAUUCUUUGGCUACAGCGGUGACGUCAGCCCACUUAUUUAUUGGAUGAAGGCAGAAAAGUUUAUUGAGGAUCUGGAUGAGGAGCGAGUACGAGAGAGUGAUAUCAAGACAGUCCGAGAGCACUUGGGUGAGCAGGAAGUUUCCAUCUCACUUAACAUUGAUUCCCUGGAGGAGAGUGACCUGGGAAACUACACCUGCUACGUGGAAAAUGGCAAUGGUCGGCGACAUGCAAACAUCCAGAUCACCAAGAAAGCUGAGCUCAUGUACAAAGUGGAACUGGCCAGUGGUCUGGGGGCCAUUCUGAUGCUGCUAAUCUGCCUGGUGACAGUGUACAAGUGCUAUCGAAUUGAGCUCAUGCUCUUCUACAGGAACCACUUCGGGAGUGACGAUUUAGAUGGAGAGAACAAAGACUAUGAUGCCUACCUGUCCUACACAAAAGUAGACCCAGACCAAUGGAGCCAGGAGACUCGAGAAGAGGAGCGCUUUGCCCUGGAGAUCUUGCCCGACGUGCUGGAGAAGCAUUACGGGUAUAAACUCUUCAUUCCAGACAGGGACUUGAUCCCCACAGGAAGUUUCACCAGUGAUCAUUUCCAGGAUGACACCAGACUACUUAGAGCUUACAUCGAGGAUGUUGCACGUUGCGUGGACCAGAGCAAGCGUCUCAUCAUCGUUUUGACGCCCAGCUAUGUGGUGCGGAGGGGCUGGAGCAUCUUUGAGCUGGAGACCCGUCUGCGCAACAUGCUGGUGACGGGCGAGAUCAAGGUCAUCCUUAUUGAGUGCGCCGAGCUGCACGGCAUCAUGAACUACCAGGAGGUAGAGGCCCUUAAACACACCAUUAAAACAUUGACAGUUAUCAAGUGGCGCGGCUCAGCCAGCAACAACCUGGACUCCAAGUUCUGGAAGCAGCUUAUCUACGAGAUGCCCUUCAAGCGCACUGAGCAACUGAGCAUCUCGCACGAGCAAGUACUGGACGUGAGCGAGCAAGGGCCUUUCGGUGAGCUCCAGGCGGUAUCGGCCAUGUCCAUGGCGGCCGCCACUUCCACCGCAAUGGCGACUGCGCACCCGGACUUACGCUCCAAUUUCCACAAUUCGUACCACACCCAGAUGAGACAGAAACACUACUACCGUAGUUAUGACUAUGAGUUGGCACCAAGGGGCACCCUCCCGCACCUGUCCUCCAUCAGAAACCAGCACACGUACUGCAACAUCCCCAUGACGUUCCUGAACGGACAGCGGCCACAUUCCAAGUCGCCCCGGCAGCAGAGUUUAGAGGAAGGCCACGGCAAUAAUGCCAUGCUGCCACUUCUGCCCCGAGAGACCAGCAUAUCCAGCGUCAUUUGGUGACACACACAGGGUAUCCCGAUCCAGGAGACAGGGUUGGAUUGGUUUUGUAGCGCAUUUAGAAUUUCUUCUUUCCCUUUUCAAAUUGGUCAAGGAAAUACAAAAAAAAUGACUGACUCAUUUUUCUGCUCUUUGAUCGAAAACAAAAAAGAAAAAAAAGCAAUUUUUUUCACAUUCAAUUUCAAGCCCUAAUUAGAGUUUUAAAAAAUGAAUUUAGUUGAAUUCUCAGGAUUUACAUGACCCAGAGGUUUUCUCACCAGUGUGAAUAAAGAUAGUUUGUUAGCGGCUAUUAUCAGACAGAUCCACAAACACAAGUCGUCAAAUGAUCCAUCAGUCAUAUCGUAUCGCAGCCAAUUGUGCUUGUUUCUGUAGAGCCAUAGUUCUCACCACCUAAAUAUAUAUAUAUAUGUAUAUAUAUAUAUAUAUGUUCUUUUCCAGCUACCACAUACAUGGCUAACAUUAAAAUA